GCAUCGAAGAUCGCGAGACCGAGUCCCCCACCACACUUUCAUUCUCUCUCUCUCUCUCUCUAUCUUCUUCGCAGCCUUUGAAAUUAAAACCUUUCACUUUUUACCUCAAAACCCUAGCGAUAAACCUGAUUCCGUUCGAUUUCUCGAGAUUUGAUCUAUUUGAUGCCGGAAUUGACUCUGUUUCUGUGUGUUUCGUGAUCGUAUUUUGGUUCAAUGUCGUCACUGAGUCGGGAAUUGGUGUUUCUCAUACUGCAGUUUCUCGAAGAGGAGAAGUUUAAGGAGGCCGUACACAGGCUUGAGCAAGAGUCUGGUUUUUUCUUUAAUGUUAAAUAUUUUGAGGAGAAAGUUCAUGCUGGUGAAUGGGAUGAAGUAGAAAAGUACCUGUCUGGAUACACCAAGGUUGAUGAUAACAGGUACUCGAUGAAGAUUUUCUUCGAAAUCAGGAAACAGAAGUAUCUUGAAGCUCUUGAUAGGCAAGAUAAGGCGAAAGCGGUGGAGAUUUUGGUAAAUGAUUUAAAAGUAUUCUCAACAUUCAAUGAAGAUCUGUAUAAGGAGAUUACACAGCUGCUGACGCUUACAAAUUUCAGAGAAAAUGAGCAGUUGUCUAAGUAUGGUGAUACUAAAACAGCUCGUAGCAUUAUGCUGGUUGAGCUGAAAAAGCUUAUAGAAGCAAAUCCCCUUUUCCGUGAGAAGCUUGUUUUCCCUACUUUAAAGUCAUCAAGAUUGAGGACUCUGAUUAAUCAAAGUUUAAAUUGGCAGCACCAGCUGUGUAAGAAUCCAAGGCCAAACCCAGAUAUCAAGACUUUAUUUGCAGAUCAUACAUGCACACCUCCAAAUGGCACCAUUGUACCUACACCGGUCAAUCUUCCACCUGGUGCAGUCACAAAACCCAUGGCUUAUACUUCACUUGGAGCACAUGGUCCGUUUCCCCCCGCUGCAGCCACUGCAAAUGCUAAUGCUUUAGCAGGGUGGAUGGCAAAUGCUGCUGCUUCUUCGUCUGUUCAGGCAGGUGUUGUUUCUGCAUCAUCGUUAGCGGGCCCACCAAAUCAAGUAUCCUUUUUAAAACGCCCUGCAACGCCCCUUGCCCCACUUGGUAUGGCUGAAUAUCAGAAUGCCGAUCAUGAACAGUUAAUGAAACGUUUGCGCCCUGCACAGCCUGUAGAAGAGGUUACUUACCAAACUUCAAGACCACAAGUUAAUUGGUCAGUGGAGGACUUGCCAAGAACAGUAGCUUUCAGCAUGCAUCAAGGAUCCACUGUCACAAGCAUGGAUUUUCAUCCUUCUCACCAAACGUUGCUUCUUGUUGGAUCUGUCAAUGGUGAAAUCACUCUUUGGGAAGCCGGGUCACGUGAAAAACUGGCAUCAAAAGCGUUCAAGAUAUGGGAUAUGUCAUCUUGUUCUUUGUCCUUCCAGGCAUCUUUUGUAAAGGAUGCACCAGUUUCUGUGAACCGUGUUAGGUGGAGUCCAGACGGAAAUAUUAUUGGUGCUGCUUUUAAUAAGCAUUUAAUCCAUUUGUACGCUUAUGCUGCGCCAAAUGAUUUACGCCAACAGUUAGAGAUUGAUGCUCAUGUUGGAGGAGUGAAUGACUUAGCAUUUGCUCAUCCAAACAAACAACUGUGUGUUGUUACUUGUGGGGAUGAUAAGUUAAUAAAGGUGUGGGAUUUAACUGGACGGAAGCUAUUUAAUUUUGAAGGUCAUGAAGCACCUGUUUACUCUAUAUGCCCUCAUCAGAAAGAGACUAUCCAGUUCAUAUUUUCAACUGCAAUUGAUGGUAAGAUUAAGGCAUGGCUCUAUGACAACAUGGGAUCUCGAGUUGACUAUGCUGCUCCAGGUCAUGGCUGCACCACUAUGCUAUACAGUGCUGAUGGCAGUAGGUUGUUCUCUUGUGGAACAAGCAAAGAAGGGGAGUCUUUUCUUGUUGAAUGGAAUGAAAGUGAAGGAGCCCUUAAGAAGACUUAUGCUGGGUUCAGAAAGAAAUUAAGUGGAGUUGCACAGUUUGACACAACUCAGAACCACUUUUUGGCUGUUGGUGAAGAAAACCAAAUAAAGUUCUGGGACAUGGAUAGCAUCAAUAUGCUCACUAGUACAGAAGCCGACGGUGGACUCCCGACAUUUCCACGCUUGAGGUUUAACAAAGAAGGAAAUCUUCUUGCUGUUGCUACUGCUGACAACGGGAUCAAGAUUCUUGCAAAUGCUGCUGGUUUGAGAUCAUUAAGAGCAACUGAACCCCCACCUUUUGAAGCAUCAAAAUCUUCCAUCGAACCCCCUUCUAUCAAGAUGCAGAUUCCUAGCUCUUCUGCUUUGGCUAAUGCUAGUUCCGUGAGCUGUAAAGUGGAGAAAAGCUCACCUGUCAGACCUUCUAACUUUCUUAAUGGUGUUGACUCUGCUGGUCCAAGCUUGGAAAAGCCAAGGAAUCUGGAUGAUGUUAAUGAUAAGAUGAAACCUGGGCAGUUGACCGAAAUUGUAGAUGCCGCUCAGUGCCGUCUAGUUACUAUGCCAGAUAGUGCAGAAGCCUCCAACAGGGUAGCUCGACUUCUUUACACCAAUUCAGGAGUUGGAAUUGUAGCCCUCGGAUCAAAUGGUAUUCAGCGGCUGUGGAAGUGGGCCCGCAAUGAACAAAAUCCAACUGGGAAAGCCACUGCCAAUGUUGUUCCUCAGCAUUGGCAACCAAACAGUGGUCUUCUUAUGACAAAUGAUGUGACAGGUGUCAACCUUGAAGAAGCUGUUCCAUGCAUAGCUCUGUCAAAGAAUGAUUCUUAUGUGAUGUCAGCUGCAGGUGGAAAAAUUUCAUUGUUCAACAUGAUGACUUUUAAGGUUAUGACAACAUUUAUGCCACCUCCCCCGGCUUCAACGUACCUAGCAUUUCAUCCUCAAGAUAACAACAUUAUAGCUAUCGGCAUGGAAGAUUCUACAAUUCACAUAUAUAACGUUCGGGUGGACGAGGUGAAAUCAAAGCUGAGAGGUCAUCAGAAGAGGAUAACUGGGCUUGCUUUUUCUACCCAUCUGAAAAUAUUGGUUUCUUCAGCUGCUGAUGCUCAUAUUUGUUUUUGGAGCAUUGACUCAUGGGAGAAGAGGAAAAUGGUACAGAUACAACUGCCACCUGGCAAAGCACCUACGGGCGACACUCGAGUGCAGUUCCACUCUGAUCAGACACGUUUGCUGGUAUCUCAUGAAACACAGCUCGCUAUAUAUGACGCCUCCAAGAUGGAACACAUACGUCAGUGGGUCCCACAAGACAACCUUUCAGCACCUAUAUCUUAUGCUGCAUACUCAUGCAACAGUCAACUAGUGUAUGCUUCCUUUUGCAAUGGCAGCAUUGGUGUGUUUGACGCUGACAGCUUAAAACUUAGAUGUCGCAUCGCCCCGUCAGUAUAUUUACCGUCAUCAUCAAUAUCAAACGGGAAUGAAAGUCCAUAUCCACUUGUGGUGGCAGCACAUCCACAGGAGCAGAACCAAUUUGCAGUGGGGUUGACAGAUGGAUCAGUUAAGGUGAUAGAACCAUCAGAAUCCCAAGGAAAAUGGGGCCUUGAUGACAACUGAAAACCAUAUCCUGUAAACUGCUUUUCUUUAUCUUCAGGAGACUUUACUUAGAAUUCUACUUACUUAUGUUAUCUCGUUUAAAUAUUAUCAUUAUUGUUGUUAUAUAUUAUUAUUAUUAUUAUUAUUAAUUAUUAA